AUGAAAACAUCAAUUGGACUAUAUAGAGAUAUAGUUAGAGCUAUAAAUAGAAAGUUACCUCCUCAAUCACAAACUUAUUAUUGGACAUUUACAAGAGAACAUUUUGAGGGUCAUAGAAAUGAUACCGAUCCUCAAGAUGUAGAAUUUCUGAUCAACAAAGGUUAUACUUCAUUACAAUGGAUUAUUAAAAAGAUCUCUGACAAAAUACAUUUUAUAAAGUAUGCUUCUUCAACUGAAACUGGUUCCCCAAGAGCUAGUAGUAGAUCUACACAACUUGAACCUCUUUUCUCUACAAGUUAUACAAAAACAAAUAGAAAUAAUAAUAAUAACAAAAAUGUGUACAAUAACAACAAUAAUAAUAAUAAUAAUAAUUAUGCAACAUCUGAAAUGAAAUAUACAAAUAAAAGAUCAACAACAGCAACAAAUAGUAAAUUUAGAAAAGAGACAUUAUUUAUUCAAGACAAUACUACUACUACUACACAAGAAAAUGAACCUUUUGGUAUUACAUCAUCGACAAUGUCACCCAUUGCUCCAAAAGGAAUGUUGAAAUUUACAGAUCAAUCAAAACAAACAAAGGCAAAAUUAGAGAGUGAUCAUAAGAUUGAACAGGAAUUAAUCAAUGAUAGCAAGUCAUUCUUUGCCAAUCAAUCAAACCAUGCCAAGUAUAUUAAAUGGUUAGGUAAUCGUCAAAGAUAUAGGGUACCAACCGAUUGGUACAAGUCAUCAUUUUGGAGAUCAAUCGAAAACAAGAGAGAAUAUAUAAAGUGGAUGGCAAAUAUUGUUGGAAAGAAUCAAUCCAUCGAUGAAUGGCACUACCUAACCGACCUCGAUUUCAAGAGAAAUUUCGGUUCAUUCUUUAUUGAUACCUAUGGUGAUAUACCAACUGCACUCGCCGAUAUUUAUCCAGAACAUUCUUGGAAGCCUUGGUUAUUUGAACGUUUUCAUCCAUCAUACUUUUAUGACAGCAUCGAAAAUCAACGUGCUUUUGUCGAUUGGUUGGCUCAGACUCUAAAUAUCACAUCACCAGAGCAAUGGUAUCAAGUCACAACAAAGGAUAUCAAAACAAACAGAGGAUUUCAUCUAUUAAAGCUUUACAACAACUCUCCCUAUCAACUCUUUACAACUAUAUUUGGAAAAACAAAUGGAGAGGUAUUACAAUCAUGGCGUUUUAAGGUCAUCCCAAAAAAGAAACUCAACAUUUUAAUUUUAAAAGAUUUUUUAAAUCAUUUAUUUAAUCAAAUCAAUCAAAACAAAGUAGAAAAAGUACAACAAAAUAACAAACAAAAUCUUGAUGAUUACAACGAGUUGUUUAAUGACAUUUUACAAAAAGUGUCAAACCAAGAAUUGGAAACAAUCAUAGAGAUGAAUCAUGGAAAUGAUAUUAUAAAUGAAUUUGGAGGAUCAUUACAAGCUGCCAUUGAACAUUUAGAGAUUCAAGAAGAACAGGAUGAUAGUAUUGAAGAGGAGACAUCAAUACCAUCUUCAUUUGAAGAUGCAUAUGAAAUUUUUGACAUUAACGAUCAAAUUCAAAAAGAAGAAGAGGGAGUAGAAGAGGAUCUAUUCGAUUGGGAUCAUUUAUCUUUACUCGAUAGACAAGAACAUCAAAAGGGUACAAGUACCAAAUAUACUAAAAAUGUUACCAAUAAGAAAAAAAAGAAAUAA